CGGUGCCGACCCUGACCACAGAGGUGCUGGCGGCAACACUGCCCUUCACAUGGCUGCCAUCAUGCCCAGCAAAGCGAUGGUGGAGCUCUUACUCGAGCAUAAUGCCCAGAUUGAGGCUAAGAAUGUGUUGGGAUACACUCCUCUUGCCGUUGCCAUCCUCCAACGCCACGAAGAGAUGGUUGAGUUCCUCAUUCAAAAAGGAGCUGAUGUGCACACUCGAGAUCUGCAUGACAGGACCACUCUUGUGAUUGCCGCUUAUGCUGGGAAUGUGAAUGUACUACGGCUUCUUCUUCAGCAUGGUGUUGAUCUUUUUCAUCGAAACAAGCAUGGCUUUGACGAUUUGGGUAAUCGCCGUCAGUUUAAGCCUGAAGUUAUAAAGACACUGGAGGAAUAUGAAAACUGUAAAAGAACAGGAGAACGCUCUGUAGGAGGCACAGGAGGUCCAGCAGUACCUGAGAUCUCUUGCUCUGGGACGACUGCUGCCCCUCUCAUGGGAGCACCUGUGCAGACUGGAGCAGGUGUCUUGCCAGAAGCUGGAGCACAGCAAGAGGAGGAAUGUGACUCCGUGUCUGAUUUAGACCUAACUUCUCUGAAGGUGGGGCCCAACUGGGCUUGCUUACUUUUGAGCUCUUUUCCUUCUGCUUCCGACACAGGCUUGGAAUGCCAGCAUCUCUUCGGUCAAAACAGACCCUUAAGAUCAUCGAGUCCAGCUGCACAGCUGGCACUGCCAAGUCCAGAACUGAACCAUGUCCCUUAGCAAUACAUCUACACAUCCCCUGAAUACCUCCAGGAAUGGAGACGGGUCCAGAAGGAGUUUGUGCCAGUUCUAACGCAUGUCUUAAUUCACACAGACUGAUUCUGAAGGUCCAGAGGAAGUGUCAGCUGUCAUGCUGCCUCAUGGUGCAAACCAACAAGGAGCGUGUGCGCAGCCUGUUGCAGAGGAGCAUCACAUUGGUGUGUUGCCAGCAGCAGGUGCAGCACAAGAAGAAGAAGAUUUUGACCUCUCUUCUUUGGAUGAGGUA